CUUCGGACUUUCGUUCUCACUGGCAGUCACACUACAGAUGGAGGGAGCAUAGUUAGUCCUUUUCCACCUCCAAAAUUUCUUUGGACUCUCUUCCAGCUUCGCUUUGCUCUUCAUGUCACCCCCAUCCAACACCACACACCUAACUGGCCUUGAUUCAUCAUGACCAGCACCAGACGUAUGAGCAGGCAGAAGCUGGUUGAUGAUUCCUUCCCGCAUGCUAAGCCUCGGCAUGGCAAUAUUGCCAAAUCGGUCAAAGAGACGUUCAAGGACUUGACCCAUCGCGGCAAGCGGGAGCGAAGGUCAUGUCCGGAUUCGCCUCGCGGUGACCUCCCAGCCGAAAAGCGAACGCGAAAGGCAUUUGUAGAUUUGACAAAUAGUUCUGUUAAUGUAACUAUAGGUGGAAAGAAAGAUGAAAAGUCGACUAAACGACAGUCCAGCAAACAGACCAAGGCACAAGGAACUGCUACUACCUUGCAGGAAAAUUGCGAGAAUGUAGCACCGGCUGAACAGUUUGUUGAAUUUGAAAAUGCCAAGGUGGAGAAAGUCGAGAGUGCACUAGAAAGUACAGAGGAGGGAAAUGAAGCGGUUGAUCGCCGCUUGUCUGGGUCCACUCAGCUUGUUGCCGGCCUGGAACCGCUGCAAAUCAGCGGUACUAGCGAUGACAGCAUGGGAGUCAUCCCGGAGACCUACACCAGGCCGGCGAGCCCCUGCAGUGGCAAUAUCAAGCCGCCGGAGUCGCUGACCAAGCUGUGUGACGGUGCUUUGACGACCGGUCAGAGAAUGACGCCGCCUCCGACUGUAGAGAGUGUUGGAGAGGUGUCGAGUGCGGCAAGUACAUGCUUUGCCGACGGGGACACAGAACCGCAGUAUCGUGACAUUGACGAAGCUGAUCUUAGCAAUCCAUUCGCGUCAGCCAUAUAUGUAGCUGAGAUCUACAAGAAUAUGCGUGAGAAGGAGGAGACUAAUCCAAUCAAGCCCUAUCUGACACGACAGACUGGCAUUACGGAACACAUGCGUGCUAUUCUCGUUGACUGGCUAGUGGAGAUUCAAGAAAACUUUGAACUUGUCCAUGAAACACUGUACCUGACUGUUGCGUACGUGGAUCGCUUCUUGGCUGGUGCGCUCACAGUUCGAAGAGAGGAGCUGCAGCUAGUUGGUGCUACCGCCAUGUUUGUUGCUUCGAAGUUUGAGGAGUUUAGUCCACCUCCACUUGACGAUUUCAUUUUCAUCUGCGAUGAUGCUUACACUAGAGAAGAGCUUAUCCAGAUGGAGAUUCAGUUGUUAUCAAUUCUAGAUUACAAGUUAGAUAUUCCGAUCGCCUAUCGCUUCCUUCGUCGUUAUGCAAAGGCUGCUGGUCUCACCAUGGAGACGCACACUUUGGCGCGUUACAUUUGCGAGCUUUCUCUCCAGGAGUACUCGUUUGUGUCUCGCAAGCCAUCGGAGCUAGCGGCGGCAGCACUCUACAUGACUCUGCGAAUGGCUGCUAUAGGCGAUUGGACACCCCAUCUGGAGUACCACACGGGCUACAGCUUCGGAGAGCUGACUGACUGUGUGCGCUCUCUCAAUGACAUUCUGAAGAAGCCGCAGACUGAUCUGUCAUCCGUCCGAUGCAAGUACUCCCACGAGGUAUUCUUCCGUGUAGCCUCUAUCCCACCUCUCACCAAUUCUGAGCUCUCCGUGUAGAGCCCCUCUCAAGUUGAGCUUCUUUUGCACAGCACAGGAUGCGAAUGUCCGCUGUACCGUAGCUCGUUGCAUCAGUUCCUGUCCGCGUAGAUUCUCGUUCCGUUGUUGAACACCAGGGCGCGUAGCCGCUGCUGUGGAGGGGCGCCGCUCUCUCUCGCCUACGAAACUUGCCAACUGCAUCUGCUACUCGGCUGUGUGUGUGCAUUGUUCUGGGAGUUCUUUCGGGGGUAAUCAGUGGCCGUGUCCCUUCUGUCUGUUGGUGUCUGUUGCUUCGUUGCAUCCGUGAUUGUCCCUAUGCCAUCAUUUUUCUUCAUCGGUCUCAUCCUAAAUUAACAUCAAGAUUUUUUCGUUCAUCUUAUAAUUCCUGACUAUUCCCACCUAAUAUUGCAACUCAUUUGUGCACGUGUACGUCAUUUAUAUACUGCAGAAGAAGAAAAAAGAUGUAUAAAGCUACUAAAAAUCGGCAGAACGUAGGAUGGAACAAGUUGCUGUCCUCUUCACCCAGCGUGUGUGCUUUUCACCUGGCACUUUGUAGUCUGUGCGUGCUUCUUUUUUCUUUUUCUUUUAUUUCACCCGGCGCGUUUCUUUAGUGGCACUGUUGAUCUGGAGAAAUAAAACCCGUGUUAUUAUUAUGUUCGUGUUGUGCUGCAUGCCGCGCUAUGCUCUACGUGUAUAAUGUGUGUGUGUGUCUCGGUUCUGUUUAGAAACUGGUUCUUUUAAUCAAUGUUACGGCCAUGGCGAAUUUCAUGGCUCACUGAUUAUAAACCGCCGCCUGAAGACAGCUUUCUAUUUUGUGCCUCUCUUCCACGCCUGCUGCACAUGUUGGAGCGGAUAUUUCUCUAUCAUAAUGCUGUUGUACGUUUGAAAGAAUAUGUCGAACAAGCAUCACCGUAUGUCGAAACUAUUUGAUCUGUAACAAUGCAUGUUUUGUGCCAUUGUUCAAGAUGAAAA